AUGCCAUCAAGCGCAUGGACCAAACCCGACACAAGCAAACGGCCCAUUGCCGUAAUCGGCGGCGGCGUGAUGGGCCGACGAAUCGCCAUGAUGUGGAUAGCCGCCAACUUCCCCGUGAUGCUGUGCGAGAAAGCAGUCGACUACGGCGGCGCAGUGGGCUACGUCCAGGAACACGAAGCUGAGCAAGCCUCCAAACAAGGCACGGAUCCCGGCGAACUGAAAGCAACAAACAACCUAGAAGAAGCCGUCAGGGACGCAUGGAUGGUCAUCGAAGCCAUCCCGGAGAAACUGGAGUUGAAGAUCGACCUCAUGGAGCAGCUGGACAAACUCGCCCCGCCGGACUGCAUCAUCGCCAGUAACUCGUCGUCGCUGAAGUCCAGUCAGAUGAUCGUCAAGACGGAGAAGAAUUACCGCAUCUGCAAUGGUCACUACUACAUGCCGCCUGAGCAGUUGUUCUUCGAGGUUAUGGGGUGUGGCUACACGGAUCCGGAACUCAUUUCGUUUUUGAUGGAGAAGGCGGCUCAGGCUGGGCUCUCGCCUGUGCAUGCUAAGGUUGAGUCUACUGGGUUUGUGUUUAAUCGCAUUUGGGCGUCGCUCAAGCGUGAGAUUUUGCUUGUCAUGGCUGAGGGCGUUAGUGAUGCUCAUACCAUUGAUGAGAUGUUCAAAAGUUGGUUUAAGGCUACCAAGGGUCCUUGCCUGAUGAUGGAUACUGUUGGCUUGGAUACUGUGUACAAUAUUGAAGCUGUGUAUGCCGAGCAGCGUGGUGUGGAUACCAGGGCCAUGGAUUGGUUGAAGGAGAACUAUGUUGACAAGGGCAAUCUGGGUGCCAAGGCUGGAAAGGGAUUACUUGAAUAA